AUGGCGAACUCAAGGUUUGAGUACGUCAAGUCCUUCGAGCAGCCGGACGUGCUGCUCCCCAAUACAUGGAUUGUGGUCCGCAUUGAUGGACGAGGAUUUCACAAACUCUCUGACCACUACGCUUUCGCGAAACCAAAUGACCGCCGGGCACUAGAUUUGAUGAAUGCUGCGGCAGUUGAAGUCAUGAAAGAGCUUCCGGACCUAUGCAUCGCCUACGGAGUCAGUGACGAAUUCAGUACUCCCUCAGUUUUGUCUUCCAUCCUAGCUGUCAACUUUUUGAGCGGCGCAAUGGAACAGCCAUUGACAGGACUUAUUUCAUCUAGAAAACUAGUGACCACCAUCGUCUCUACGUUCACAGCACACUAUAUUUACAAGUGGAGCGAGUACUUCCCUGAAAGACCUCUCCUGCCACCGUAUCUGCCCUCUUUUGACGGGCGUGCGGUUAUCUACCCAAAUAACCGGAUUCUCCGCGAUUAUAUGAGCUGGAGACAAGUUGAUUGUCAUAUCAAUAACCUCUACAACACUACCUUCUGGACAAUGGUGCUGCAAGGUGGAAUGAGCAACACAGACGCCGAGCAAGAGUUAAAGGGUACUGUGUCUGCAGACAAGAACGAGAUCCUCUUCAAGCGGUUUGGAAUCAACUACAAUAACGAACUGGAGAUCUAUAAGAAGGGCACUGUUCUUUAUCGCCAGUACGAGCUGGAGGAACCUAAGCCUAGAAAAUCUUCCACAGAAGAAGAAUCAUCGGUGGUCGAGUCUAAGCAGUCAAGGUCGCAGCAAGACAAGAUCCGCAAACUGCGCCGGAAAGCACAGGUCGUAAUUGACCAUGUCGAUAUCAUCAAAGAUGAGUUCUGGGAGAAACGACCGUGGAUUCUAUCGGGUAAUCCUGGAAAGUUACCAGCGUAG